UCGAGGAAACGUGGGCGCCUGCCACGAGGGAUUUUGUCUAUCUUUCCCAAAGACCGAGACCUCCGACAUGUGACGGAAUGAUCGGCACAAGGAUGCAGGAGAAGCACGUUCCUGAUGCUGCCAAGCCGGAGAGCCUCCCGCUAUUGAAGCCCCUCCACUUGCCGCGCAUCACUCUCAUGUCCUACGCGCCAUGGCCGACAAUGAAGAUGGCGACGUCACAAGCAAUGCGCCGGCAAAGAGAACCGACGCCAAAGAGCUGAGCGAGUCAGACCUCCAAUACGUCCAAUACGAGCCCUCGAAAGAAGAGCAAUACCUCCCCGCCAUCCGCCAACUAAUCUCCAAAGACCUUUCCGAACCUUACAGUAUCUAUGUAUACCGGUAUUUCUUGUACCAAUGGGGUGACCUGUGCUAUAUGGCCCUCUCCCCCACUAACACUUUAAUCGGCGUAAUCACAUGCAAACUCGAACCGCACCGCAGCGGCACCUACCGCGGCUACAUCGCCAUGCUCGCAACCCAAGAAGAAUACCGCGGCCGAGGCAUAGCCACGCAACUUGUCCGACUGGCCAUUGAUGCUAUGACCGCGCGCGACGCCGACGAGAUAGUACUAGAGACCGAGGUGUCGAAUACUGCGAGCUUGAAACUGUACGAAAGAUUGGGGUUUAUCAGGAGCAAACGGUUGCAUAGAUACUAUCUGAAUGGCAACGCGGCGUUUAGGUUGAUACUCUACUUGAAGGAGGGGACUGCUCUCAAGAGACCCGAACAUGCUGGGCAUGGCGAGAUGGGUGGCAUGUCGGAUAUGAGGAGGAUGGACGAUGCAGAGCUUUACUCUUGAAAGAAGAGACAAAGACAUACAAGAAAACCCUCUCUGUUUUUCUUUUGGUGGCUCACAAGCCGCUACUUUCGAGACCAACAAACCAAGGUUUUUGAAGGGUAUGCUUCAAUUCAUACUACAGUCUAUGCUGAUUCGUUCGUGCGCCAGACGCCCAUUAAUGCUGCUGAACCGACUUUUUG